GCGCGUACAAGGUAGACGCGGGCCGGAGGUGUUCCUCGGUGCUCAUUCUACGAGUCGAGUCCUUGCCGAGCGGACGGUGCGUGCGUGUGCAAUCUCUUCAACACACGAGUGUGCUGUGCGCAUCAAAAUCACCACACAACACAGUUUUCCACGGGACUAUAAUAAACACUAUUUUUAUUAUUUUUUUGGUGCAUAAACACAAGUUCGAUAUUUUUACAUUAAAUAAUUUUUGCGUUCAAAACGUUUUGGAGUGAAGUGUGCUAAGUGUGCGGACAAACAUCACCUACUUCAGUUUUGGUCACUAGAAGAAUAACGCCGAGGCUGAAGAAGAUUUCACAAAAUUAACCGAAUUAUCACCGAUGCGUGUGCAGCGGCAGCAGUGAAAGUGCAAACACAUGAUUGAGUUUAAUUAGCGCGCGCGGAAAACGAGCGUUGAUUGUGUUAAUCAGGAAACUUCUUCGAGUUGAGGAGACUUUAGCCGCUGUUUGGGAAACGAAAACUGGAGCGACGGCGGAGUGCGCGGCGCGCGUGAUUUGCGCGCAUUAACACUUGUUAGGACACGGCGUGUCCUACUAGGACAAAGUGCAUCCGUGCCUCAAGAAUCACCAGCGGCGCAAACGCGCUAAAUGAUUGUUUAGUGGUUUAAUCACGGAGGGCAAACAACGGCGCAGCUUGAAUCUUGACCAGCGCUAAUCUUUUCUUUAACGAUGAAUCAACAGUGCAAGGUUUGCGGCGAACCCGCAGCGGGUUUCCAUUUCGGCGCUUUCACAUGCGAAGGAUGCAAAUCAUUCUUCGGUAGAUCCUACAACAAUCUGAGCUCAAUCUCCGAGUGUAAAAACAACAGCGAGUGUGUAAUCAACAAAAAGAAUCGCACCGCGUGCAAGGCAUGCCGCCUCCGGAAAUGCCUCAUGGUCGGCAUGUCAAAAUCCGGAUCACGUUAUGGCCGCCGAUCAAACUGGUUCAAAAUCCACUGUUUACUCCAGGAACAACAACAAGCACAACAAAAUAUCAACCCGGGCGGAAAUAGUCAUAAUCACCAGACAGUUAAACAACCACAACGACCCCCGCCACAUCAUCCUGGACUAAACCUAGGCAUGCUCAAUCAUCAAUUCCCCCCACCAAUGCUGCAUCUUCCAAAAACAAAAGAAGAACUCAUGUUGUUGGGUCUAGAUGAUUAUCAUAAACACGCAACAUCACCUUCUGUUAGCUCACCGGAAAGUCACAACUCCGAUUCAUCGGUAGAAGUAGGAGAUGCACGAAGAAUGCCUAUAUUCCCUGGAUUUCUACCUCCUUCAUUCCUGCCACCUCCUAACCUCUUAUUUCCACCCGGAUAUCCUCCAAUAUACCCAGGUUUAUUACAACCUGUUAACUUCAACGCGAAUAACAACAACACAACAACAAACAACAAUAAUAACCGAAUGAUGCGGAAUUACAACCCGGGCGUUGAAGUAUUCAGCAAGAGGAUAUUCCUAGAUGCAGUGUUGCAAAGUCAACGCACUCCAACACCAGAGGGCAGGGAGAGACAAGGAUCUGCAACACCUGAAGCGCCACCUAGUGCCGACUCGCCGAUACAAGACGACCCUAUUGACUUGAGUAUGAAAACAAGCGAAAGAGGGAGCUCACCGGCAAACAGUGAACAUUCAACUCCAUCUGAAUCCAAUUUCGAACGUGGUUCCGAAGCGGAUGAAGAAAGCGGCUGUGAGUCCGAACGUGAAUUGAAACGGAUCAAGUUGGUACGGCCCACGCCGCUGGACCUCACCACGAAAGUUUGAUGCGAUGAUGAAUUGGUAUCUCCACCGUGUUUGUGUUCCCCUUUCACACAUAUUUCCUGAAUGGCCAGUAAAGCGCGAAACAAGUAUUAUUUAGGACAUGAAUCAAUUUUUAAUGGCACGAUAAAAAUAUUAGUCAUCAAUCUAGUUCUUAUUGCACGUCGGGCAUCGCUAAGGUGGUCUACGUAAAUCUUCUUCUACUGACAUAAAGUUCUGUGCGCCAUCUUGUGACGGUAAAAAAAAAUAAACACUGGAAAAAGAACGCGAAAUGUUACCAUAAAAUAUAAUAUUUUAGUGUGUAAGAUAUGAACGCAGCGGGCACUCUGUUCAUAAAAGUUAAGUGUUGUAAAGACUCCAAGACGCGCGCGCGCAUGAGAUUACGAGACAAUAUAAAUUUCGCAGCAUUCAACCACGCCGUCAAUUCCAAUCUUUUCCUCUUUUUCUUGUUAAAAUAUUUUGUACAAAUUAUUAAAACACUCUGUAUAAAAAUGCAUUCGCAGACGUAUUGAGACGAUUGGCCAGUAUAACGAACAAUUGUGAUGCGUAGACACGUAACCUAUUAGAAAUGUCAAGAUUCAAGAUGGCGCUCUCACAGCUACUCAACGGUUUAGCCAGGGGUAGUAGCACUACGAUUACUGUACAUAGCUAGUGUAUACUUAAGUGGAAAACAUCUAGCGACACCUAUUAGGCGAAUUUGUUGACACGUGUGUGUGUUAUUAAUGAGAUUAUCUGUUUUUUUUUGCAUAUUGUAAUAAUUUUUAUUUGUAUAAUUUUUUUUUGUAAUAGUUGGGGCAUUAUUUUUUCCACACGCGAUUUUUGUAGGUUUUGUUUGGUUGGAUUAGCGAAAAAUCACUGGUAGAUAA